GAGAGAAUUCACACUGGAGAAAGACCAUUCAAAUGUCAGUACUGUGAAGAGAGAUUCAUUACAAAAUAUGCCUGUAUGCGACAUGAGAGGACUCACACUGGAGAAAAGCCGUUUGUAUGCCAGUACUGUGAAAAGACAUUCAUUACAAAGUCUGUAUGUAAAAAACAUGAAAUAACUCACACUGGAGAAAAACCAUUUACUUGCCAGUACUGUGUAAAAACUUUUAUAACAAAAUAUACACGUAUACAGCAUGAGAGGACACACACUGGAGAAAGACCUUUUAAAUGUCAGUUUUGUGAAAAGGCUUACAUAAUAAGAUAUGACUGUAAACAGCAUGAGAGGACUCACAGUAGAGAAAAACCAUUUAAAUGUCAGUACUGUGAAGAAAGAUUCUCUGCUAAAAAAGCAUGUAAAGGACAUGAAAUGACUCACACUGGAGAAAAACCAUUUAAAUGCCAGUAUUGUGAAAAGAAGUUCAUUACAAAAUAUGCUUGUAAACAGCAUGAGAGGAUUCACACUGGAGAGAGACCAUUUGAAUGUCAGUUCUGUGAAAAGAAGUUCAUUGCAAAAUAUGCAUGUAAGCAACAUGAAAUCACUCACACGGAAGAAAAAACGUUUAAGUGUCGAUACUGUGAAAAAAGGUUUCAUAGGAAAGAAGGAUGUAAACAACAUGAAAAAACUCACACCACAGAAAACCCAUUUAAGUGUCAGUACUGUGACAAGAGGUAUCCUACCAAGUUUAUUUGUAAUCAACAUGAGGCGUUUCAUAGCAGUGAUAACCCACUCAAAUGGAAUAGUGUCCCUGGGGUAAAUGGGGACAGUAGUACUGCACAAAGAAUAAUAGAAAAUCAUAGAGGAUUAAAACAAAACAAUCCUGUCUUGUCUAAAACAGAGAGUGGGGUGUUGCUUAUUUCAGUGAAAAAGGAAUUUCUGGAUGUAACUGCAGCACAAGAGGCAAAUGAAAAACCAAAUGAAUUGUGUACAGAGACAUGGGCCAUACAAAACUCUGUGAAAACCGAGGAUAAUAUGGCUGCUCUGGAAGUGCUACCCGAGAUAUAUCCUGUUGCUAUGUUUAGAAAUGUUUUUGCAGGUGAUAAUAGAUAAUGCAUAAAGCAGUAUCAUUAAAGGGAU